CCUUUUAAAACUUAAUUUAUAUAUCCCCUCAGGCCACCUUCUCUCCUUCCUUAGAACGCCACCCAGCUAGCUGCUCUGGCCUGCUACUCAAUUCGGAAUUGUUGACGACGACGCUAGCUGCUACCUUCAUACAACUUUUCCCCCAUAUCAUAUGGCAAGGGAAGCCAUGGAGUGCUGCGUUCCUCCUGGCUUUAGGUUCCAUCCCACCGACGAGGAGCUCGUUGGGUAUUACCUCAAGAAGAAGGUGGCCUCGCAGAAGAUAGACCUGGAUGUCAUCAGAGACAUCGAUCUUUACAGAAUUGAGCCAUGGGAUCUCCAAGAACAAUGCCGGAUCGGGUACGAAGAGCAGAGUGAGUGGUACUUCUUCAGCCACAAGGACAAGAAGUACCCCACGGGGACGAGGACCAACCGGGCAACCAUGGCCGGAUUCUGGAAGGCGACAGGGCGAGACAAGGCGGUCCAUGACAAGAGCAAAGUGAUCGGGAUGAGGAAGACGCUGGUGUUCUACAAAGGGAGAGCACCAAACGGGCAGAAGACUGACUGGAUAAUGCACGAGUACAGACUGGAGUCCGAAGAGAACGGACCACCUCAGGAAGAAGGUUGGGUGGUGUGUCGUGCAUUCAAGAAACGAUCCACAACCUACCCUGCACGGAGCAAUGUUGCAAACAUUUGGAAUUCCAACUAUUGCUAUGAUGACCAUGGCUGGAUGAACCCCAUGUUGAACCAUCAUCCCAACCUCUUCUCUCCUAUGCACAAGCAACCCUCUCCCAUGACUCCACAAUGUAAGCAAGAAGAAAGUGAGCUCCUUGACGACCUUCACCUCCUCCACUCUAGUGACUUUGUCCAACUUCCCCAACUUGAAAGCCCUCCCUUGCACCAACCUAGCUCCAAGCUACAAUCAAAGGACAACACUAGAGAAGACCAAUUGGCAAAUAAGGUCACAGAUUGGAGGGCACUUGACAAGUUCGUUGCAUCACAAUUGAGCCACGAGGAUAAUAAUAAUAAUAGGUUCAACGAUAUUAUUAUUGAAGAACAUGAUGUGAUGGGGGAUUUCAGCUUGGGGAGCAACUCAGAGAUGACAUUACUUUUGCUACACAAUGAGAAGGAGGUAGUGGACCAAUUUUUAAUUAACUCAAGUGAAAAGGGAGAAAUUUGUAUAUUCGAGCAAUGAAUUUCAUGUAUUUGGAUAUGUAAGAUAAGGAAAUAUUAAGGUGUUCUAUGAGAACCAUAUCAUUUGUUUCAAUAUAUAAUAUAUAAGCUUUGUGUUGUUUGACUUCUUA